UGUGGGCUGUUUGUGAAAGUGUUAGACGUGUAUGAUUGUUAAAACUUGUUUGCGUGCGUUUGUGGAAGAAUAAUAAUAAAAAUAUUGUAUGUUAAUUAUAAAAAAAAUAUAAAAGAAUUUUAAAAUAGGAAAAAAGAAAAAAAAAAUGAAUGAACCAGACAACAGUUUUACACUUACAAAGUUAAUUGAAAAAUUGAAUGAGUUAUUUGACCAUGAAAAGGUCAAUGUUUAUGAAGUUCAGGACGCAAUGGAAACCUAUCAAUCAAAUUUACCAGAGUGGAAAAAGUAUGCUCAUUUUGAUGACUACAGGUAUACCAGAAAUUUAGUUCAUUCUGGAAAUGGAAAGUUUAAUUUGAUUUUGCUUUGUUGGGGAGAAGGUCAUGGGAGUGCUAUCCAUGAUCAUGCUAACUCCCACUGCUGGAUGAAAGUAAUGGAUGGAACUCUUACAGAAAAGCUCUAUGACUGGCCAAAUGAAGUAGAUUGUUCUACUAAUGUAGGUCAUGCCCAAAUGAAGCCACACAGGAUCAGAGAUUAUACAAAAAAUCAAGUUGCAUACAUUAACGAUACUAUUGGGUUACAUCGUAUUGAGAAUAGAAGUCAUACUCAACAAGCUGUUUCACUUCAUUUGUAUUCUCCACCUUUUAACAUGUGUCAUUCAUUUGAUGAGAGGACUGGCAAAAAAAAUACUUGUGAAGUUGUAUUUUGGAGCCAAGAUGGCAUAAGGACUUCGCAUGGAAAAAUAAAUCAAAUUGCUUGUACAAAGAAUUCAGCUGAUCAAAUUUAACAUUUCAAAGUUGAUUAUUGACGAUUUAUUCGUCAGUGUCGUUAGCAUCGUUGCUAUGGUUAUUAAUCUGCAUAGAAGAGUAUAAUAAUAAUGAGAUUUUUUGAUUGUUAAUUGAGAUUGAGAAAUUAUUUUUUGCUGUUAUUAUAAUAUUUUUUAAUUUUUGGUUAAUAAGUUUUAUUUAUAAUAGCGGCAACUUUGCAUAGUUAGUUAAUUUGUUCUAAAUCAUAAAUAAUAUUUGUAAUUUAUAUUACGUUUGUGCUCCUUUUUUCUCUCUACCUUCGCUUUAAGUGAUUACAACUUUCAUAACACCUUUUUUAUACGCAAGGCGAUGUGG